GCGUCUUGGAGGCGCACCGGCUCCACUCCGCAGCAACAUCGCAGUAUGGCCUCGCUCUGAGCCUCCUACACGGCAGCUGUGUACACACCUUACCGGCAAUCCGUCACCAUCGACGCCUUGAUCAUGGACCUCCGGUCCAGAGGCUUUUUUCGGGGCCAUCGGAAUUGUCAAUAGUACUCCCGAAGUACUAUAUUAUUUGAUUUUGAGCACUGUCACUUUUGCACGCCCGGGGAUUUAAACCUAAGUGACAGUUGUAGCCAUACUCACCCCAUCUGCCGGUUAGCUAACUAGCUCGCUAAGUCAUUAGCCAAGAAGGGCAUCUCUUUUCUGCUGGAGUAAAGGACAAGGAAACUACGACACCGCUACUUAAAUUAACAGAAGACUGACCCGAGGCUGACUCCUCGAGUUUCUAUCUUACGACACAGUCGCUGUUAAUUCUUGGAAGGCUGGCAACACACCUGCCACCCUAAUGCAGAACCAUAAAAGAACGUGAAAUGAACAAACCACCACAGCCUAUAACGGGACCCACUUCUGUCCCAAAUCCUGCCCCCUCCCCUGGAUUGACACAGGCUGCCUACGGCCCUGGACAGCCCCCUUCUCUUGUUUUUGCCACCCCUACACCACCACAAAUGAGCUCUGCACCACAGCCAAGACAGUUUGCUGCAGGGCCCCGUACUUUGCACCAACAGGGUGGAUACAGAGCGUUACAGAGUUACUAUCCAAAUCGAGCCACCAUGGCCACCAGUGCUCCGAGGGUACAGACGAGUAGUGGCCCUCGACCUGUUGGACCCACUCACGUCUACCAACCUGGCUCACAGAUGAUGAUGAUUUCACAGCAACAGCUGAAUUUUGCUGGCUCUCCUCAGGGCUACUUCAUCCCUCCUGGACAGUACCGGCCCCCAUACAUGCCACCUACCCAGCAGUACCCAGUGACCAGUGGGACAGCAGGGUUCUACCCAGGAACCAGCCCUGCUGAGUACCCUGGCUUUGCAGGAGCUUACUAUCCAGCUCAGCCGCAGUACUCCCCAUCUGUCCAGCCUACACCGGUCAUGAUCAACCCCGCCCAGCCGCAGCAACAAGCCCCGCCUCCUCAGCAGCCACCCGCACAGUCACAAGGCCCACCAAAGAGGGAACGCAAACAGGUAAUAAGAAUACGAGACCCCAACCAGGGCGGCCGUGAUAUUACAGAGGAGAUCAUGUCUGGUGGAAGGUCCACCACUACACCGACUCCCCCACAGACCACAACACCUGAUGUAAGUCCUGCACAGACCAAUGGGGAAGUUGCGCCGCCUGUUGUUUCAGUGACAAGAAGAGAUGAAAACACAGAGCUCGCUGCUAGUGCUGAAACCCCUCCGCCUCCCGCUACAACAAACACGGAGCCCGUUGUGGAGGCCAAACAGGAAACGGACAGCCAAACGGCCCCACCUGUCGAGUUAGCUGCGCCAUCUGUAGCGCCCGUGGCCGCUACCGAGGAGCCAUCCUCAUUGAUAAAGGAACAGCCGUCUCCUCCUCCCCUCCGUACAGAAGCGGCACCUGCCACCGCUCCUGCCGAGGUAGUAAACAAAGUCAGUGCUAACGCCGGUGACACAGUAGACGCCCCUGUCGCACCUUCAGCACCAUUAGCACAAGAGGCACCGAUGAAAACGGUGGAACCACAGGCUGCUCCGGUUCCGGCUUCAGCCCCGGCUCCAGCUUCAGCUCCAGCUCCAGCUCCAGUUUCUGCCCCGACUCCAGCUUCAGCUCCAGCUCCAGUUUCUGCCCCGGCUCCGGCUCCGGCUCCAGCUCCAGCUCCAGCUCCAGCUCCAGCUCCGGCUUCGGCUCCAGCUCCAGCUCCAGCUCAAGCUCCAGCUCCAGUUCCAGCUCCGUCUGAGAAGGCACCAGAAAAAGAAGAAGUGAAAACAGAGGAAAAAGAAAAAUUGAAAAAAGAAGAGCAGGUACCCAGCACUAAGGUGGAGCCUGAAGUUGAGGUUGCGGCAACAGUUAGCCCCGUUACCGUGGCAAAAGAGGAAACUGCCGCAAAGACAGAAGCUGAAGCCUCCCAGCGUCCCCCUCCUGUACAGGAGCCUGCUGCCCCGCCGGCCCCGGACGCUGACGUCAGCGCCGCCCCCGAACCUGAACCCACACCGGCUGAAACAGCAGAGCCUCUUCUGUCCAACGGCCUCCCUCAGGAGUCUGAAGAACUGUCUGAGGAUAUGACCUUUUCAGGCACUACACCCCAUGACAAGCCCGAUGCGUCUGUAUCUCAGGAAUCCACACCUGUGGGUAAAACGGAAACACCAGCCCAGGAGGCAGAGGAGGAGAAAGAGAAGGAGGAAGAGUGGAAGAAGAAAAGUGAGGACGUCCCACCUGCCUCUGUUAACUGUCCAGAGGAAUCUAUGCAAGCUGCUACAUCUGUGCCAAAGAAGAGGAAAAACAUGAAGGAGUACAACAAGAAGGCGGCCAUUGGAGACCUCCUGGAUGCCUUCACAGAGGAACCGGCCAAGCCUGUACCCGAACCCCCAUCUGCUCCGGUCAAUCCUCCAGCUCCAGUUGAAAUUCCAGAUGAGAAGUUGGCAGAUGAGACCUGGGAGGAGAAAGAAGACAAGCAGAACGCAGAACCUGACAGCACUAAAUCCACACCAGAGCCAACUGAGCAGAAAUACCAGUACAAAGGUAACCAGGAACAAUGGAAGCCGAUAGACCCAGAGGAGAAGAAGCGGUACGACAGGGAGUUCCUCCUGGGCUUCCAGUUCAGCAGCGCCAGUAUGCACAAACCCGAGGGCCUGCCGAGCAUUAGUGAUGUGGUCCUGGACAAGGUGAACAAGACUCCACUGCGUCCUGCUGACCCAGCUCGACUGAUGAACGUUGGUCCAGAUUUCACUCCCUCUUAUUUGGGGAAUCUCGGAAGCAGAUCUGUGGGAGGACCACGAGGCCCGCCCCCUGGGCCACGCCGCUCUCAGCAGGGUCAGCGGAAAGAACCCAGGAAGAUCAUCAGCAGCAUGUCCCUUAACGACGACGUGCAGCUCAACAAGGCUGAGAAGGCCUGGAAGCCCUCUGUGAAGAAGUCCGCUCGCAGCCGCGGCCCAGAGGAGACGGAAGAAGACGACUCCGAGCAGGGCAAGACUGCAGCGCUAUUCAAGCGCCUGCGCAGCAUCCUCAACAAGCUGACCCCACAGAAGUUCCAGGAGCUGAUGAAACAGGUGACGGAGCUGACGAUAGACACGGAGGAGAGGCUGAAGGGAGCCAUUGACCUCGUCUUUGAGAAGGCCAUCUCAGAGCCCAACUUCUCUGUGGCCUACGCCAACAUGUGUCGCUGCCUUAUGGGGGUGAAAGUCCCCACCUCAGACAAGCCAGGAGUUUUUGUAAACUUCCGCAAACUGCUGCUUAAUCGCUGCCAGAAAGAGUUUGAGAAGGACCAGGAUGACGACGAGAUCUUUGAGAAAAAGCAGAAGGAGAUGGAAGCUGCCAAAGAGGGAGAGGACCGUGAACGCUUGAGGGUGGAGCUGGAGGAGGCCAGAGACAUAGCCCGACGCCGCUCACUCGGAAACAUAAAAUUCAUCGGCGAACUGUUCAAGCUUAAGAUGCUGACAGAAACCAUCAUGCACAACUGUGUAGUGAAACUACUGAAGAAUCAUGAUGAGGAGUCUCUUGAGUGUCUCUGCAGACUGCUCUCCACCAUUGGAAAAGACCUGGACUUCGAGAAGGCCAAGCCUCGUAUGGAUCAGUAUUUCAAUCAGAUGGACAAGAUCAUCAAAGAGAGGAAGACCUCAUCCAGGAUCCGCUUCAUGCUGCAAGAUGUCUUGGAUCUCAGAAAGAAUAACUGGGUACCUCGGAGAGGAGACCAAGGGCCGAAGACAAUUGACCAGAUCCACAAGGAGGCCGAGAUGGAGGAGCACAGGGAACAGAUCAAAGUUCAGCAGCAGCUCAUGUCCAAGAAAGACGGCGGUGGUGGAGGAGGAGGAGGAGGAGGAGGCGGUGGAAGCAGGAUGGGAGGCAACAUGGGAGGCCGAGGCCCUCACACACCGGGAGGCGGCCGGGGUAGCCAGCCUCAGGAUGAGGGGUGGAACACUGUGCCCAUCUCCAAGAACAGACCCAUCGACACUACCCGCCUCAGCAAGAUCACAAAGCCUGGUGCUCUGGACUUCAACAAUCAGCUGUUGGCUCCGGGCGGCAAAGGCAUGUGGGGAAGUUGGGGAAAAGGCAGCAGUGGAGGAAGUGGAGCUAAGCCAGCGGGCGGAGAGCAAGACUCUGGACGCCCGGCUACAAGCACUCUCAACCGCUUCUCGGCCCUGCAGCAGUCGGGCUCGUUGAUGUCGUCGGCAGACUCUGAUCGCAGAGUUCCUCAGAGGUCAAGCUCCAGCCGUGAACGCGGGGGCGACAGAGACAGGAGUGAACGCGACAGGGAUCGAUUCGACAGGUUCGAACGCGGCGAUGGGAACCAGAUCAGUAAGAGGAGCUUCAGCAGAGAGUCCCAGGAGCGCGGCGGCAGGAGCGGAGACAGCCGAGCCUCCGUUGAACCCGUGCGCCGCGUUGCCAGCAUGACCGACGACAGGGACAGAGGAAGCAGGGAUAGAGGAAGUAGAGACAGGGGAAGCAGAGAUAGAGGAAGCAGAGACCGGGGAAGCCGGGACAGGGGUCCAAGCAAAGAUCUCACAGCUAAGCGUGAGAGUGCCCCCACUCCUCCUCCGUCUCUUCCCAAACCUGCUUUGUCAGAAGAGGAGUUGGAGAAGAAGUCGAACGCCAUCAUUGAAGAAUACCUCCACAUCAAUGACUUGAAGGAGGCGCUGCAGUGUGUGGCAGAGCUCAACAGUUCCUCACUGCUCUAUGUGUUUGUGCGGAACGGCGUGGAGUCGACACUUGAACGCAGCACCAUUGCUAGGGAGCACAUGGGUCUGUUGCUGCACCAACUUAAAAAGGCGGGGACUUUGCCCACACAGCAGUACUACAAAGGGCUACAGGAGAUCCUGGAGGUAGCGGAGGACAUGGCCAUAGAUAUACCUCACAUCUGGCUCUACUUGGCUGAACUCAUUACCCCCAUGCUCCAUGAGGGAGGCAUCCCUAUGGGACAGCUCUUCAGGGAGAUCUCCAAGCCUCUUGUUCCUCUGGGGAUGGCCGGAGUGCUGCUGGUACAGAUCCUCAAGCUGCUCUGCAAAGAAAUGACGCCCAAGAAGGUCGGGACUUUGUGGACGGAAGCUGGGCUUAGUUGGAACGAAUUCUUGCCCAAGGACGAAGACGUCAACAAGUUUGUCACUGAUCAGAAAGUGGAGUUCACCACAGGAGAGGGACUGGAGUCAAAGGAAGUCGCUAAGAAGAAGGUCUUUACUGGGGAGGAGCUCGGCAAACAGCUGGACAGACUCCUGCAGGACAAAGCCGACAACCAGCGGAUCAGAGACUGGGUCGAGGCCAACCUGGACGAGCAGCAGACCGCUUCCAACCAGUUUGUACGGGCAUUGAUGACAUCGGUGUGCCAGUCUGCCAUCAUAUGUGACAACCCGUACAAGGUGGACGCUCAGCAGAUCAACCAGAGGGCCAGUCUGCUGCAGAGAUACCUGUGUGACGAGCACAAAGAGCUGCAGGCCCUUUACGCCCUCCAGGCUCUGAUGGUGCACAUGGAGCAACCUGCAAACCUGCUGCGGAUGUUCUUCGACGCCUUGUACGACGAGGACGUCAUUAAAGAGGAGGCCUUCUACAAGUGGGAAUCCAGCAAAGACCCCGCAGAGCAAACGGGCAAAGGUGUGGCCUUGAAAUCAGUCACCGCUUUCUUCACCUGGCUCCGCGAGGCCGAGGAGGAGUCUGACAAGGACUAAAAGACUGAACGCCGCCCCCCUUUGGCACAGCGGGCGCUCUGCAGCCGGCCGUGGAAACUUAACAGACAAUGUUGCCCGAGAGGCAGACUCAAAUCAGUCCUCAAUGAGGAUAAAUCUUUAUUAUUAUUCUUUACUUUGAGGGAUGGACUCAGAAAACAAUCAUUUCUCUCUACUCUCCCUCUCUUGCUUCCUCAUUGUCUCCCCACCUGCUUGUCACAGCAAGUGUCCUCAUUGAAUAAACUUGAAAACUGAUUCAGCAGGAUUGCUUGUUAACGAGGUGUGAAGUAUCCCACAUCACUACGAAACCUUUUUUUUUGUCACAUAUAAACCAACGGGCUGCUUUUUCAUCACUCUAGACUAUUACAAUAAUGCCUGACAUCUGAAAUGAUCUGCAAGAAGAAAGCGCAGGGUGUGAGGGUGUAGGGGGUGAGGGUGAUGGUGGGGGAGGGGGAGUGGGGGCCUCCCUGCCUGGUGGGUGUCGUCAUGCCAUAGUGUGUGUGUGUGUUCAGUCCAAACACGGCUCUUACGUCUUUGUCCUUUACUGGAGUGUGCAGCAUGACUGAAGUGUGUUUCUAUUAAUGAUACCGUGGACAAAAAACGGCCACAGACAAAAAAUGUACAAAAAACUAAUCUUAAUUUGAUGGAUGGAGUUUUUAAAGAAAAGGUUGUCUAUUUUCCUGUUUCCUAUCAUGAACUUGCAGAGGGCAAAUGUCGACCUUUGACCUUGACUACUAGGGGGUGGUCUUAAUGCUUCCUCUAAGCCAUCCUCUCCCAUCCCCAGUAGUGAACCACACUGACUGACUUUUCAUCUUUACCUCUUCUGUACUUAAACCUGAGCUGAUGUAGAGGACACUUAAUGACCCAAUCACCGUUAAAACUUGAAAUCCACAGAAAAUUGACUUGAUGACAUAUAUAAAGGUAAAAAAACAAAAAAAAAACAAAAAAAAAAAACAAAAAAAACACACACACAGAAAUGAUCCGAAAGCCUUUUCUACUUUAAGUGGAAACAAAUUUCAGGAGCGUUCUGUAAAUAUAUAAUUAUAAUAAUAAUAAUAAUGAUAAUGAUAGUUAAAAGAAUAACUUUUUUUCCAGUUUUAUUUUUCAGAAACAAUAAAUGGCUGAUGUAAUUGCAGUGUCUCCUUUUCCAACAGAAGCCACAGUUGUCCAGAUGCAGAGAGGUGCUUUAGUUAAUCCAUUGAUUAUUAGUUUUAUUGGAAUUUUGUAAAUAUUUUUUGUUUCUUUUGCUUUCUUUAUUUAAGAAAUUAUUGCUUCUUUUGCAUCGGAAACUGGAAAUAUGAGGUUACGGAACAUUGCAAAUAAAGGACUUAUUAAGUUGG